AAGCGCAAUUUCCAUUUUCCCGCGCAAAUUGGUCGAUGUGGAGAGGAAGUUGGAACCUAUAAAGGCUGCAGCUGUUGAGAAAGACAAUGUUGAAAGAAGGAACAGAUAACCGCCUUGAAAAGCAGUAUGGAGUCGAAAUAGCAGCGGAAUUUCCUUUACGCUAGCUUUUGAGAGUUCGUGACCGCUGACGGCCAUCAUAGUCUGUUUUUACUACUUUUCCUGGCCCUUUGGAUACGUUUAUAAUGCAUGAUCUGCCACAUCCUCUUCUUCCUUCAUUUGUACCGCCCUCGUCUGCAUCCAGAUCUCUCUAUUCCAAUGAGGGUAUUUGAAAACAAGAUAGAGUAAGGUAGUGUGAGAAACAUCAAUUCGAGACAAAAUGACUAGUGGACAGAACACUCUUGUUGACGUUAGACUCCACCAUGAAAACUAUGGCUCUACCGUAAGCCCGGCAAUCGUCGAUUUAGUGGGAGGUCUAGAUGAAGAGCAAGGAUUGCAGCCUGGAACAAAGCGGGAAAAAUCAGACUCUCUUAUGAACGAGAUCAAGGUCAUUUCUUUUAGCUCGGCACCACUGGCAGUGACGUUCUUUCUCCAGUAUUCGUUAGCAGUGGUUUCCAUCUUCACAAUCAGUAAGAUUGGGAAAAAAGAGCUAGCAGCUGUAUCGUUAGCAACGAUGACAUUUAAUAUCACAAGUUCGAUCUUCACGGGAAUGUCAACGUGUUUGGAAACCUUAUGCUCCCAGGCGUACGGCGCUAAGAACUAUAGGCUAGUGGGGUUGUAUUUUCAAAGAUGUUUUGCGUUGAUUGCGGUAUUCAAUAUACCUCUUGUGCUGAUUUGGUGGAAGUCCGGAUACCUGCUAAAGUUCAUUGUCCCCGAUCCGGCUCUUGCAGAUCUUGCACAGUCGUAUCUUCGCGUUAUGUCCUUUUCGACGCCUGCAUAUAUCUUCUUUGAAACAGCCAAAAGAUACUUGCAGGCACAAAACAUUUUUGCAGCUGGACAAUACGUUUUAUUACUUGUUGCACCAAUAAACAUAUUGCUAAACUAUCUUCUUGUUUGGAGUGAGGUGAUUGGUAUUGGCUUUUUGGGUGCUCCGUUAGCUACUACCAUUAGUUAUUGGCUUUGUGCUGUACUGCUAUUGAUAUAUAUUGUUGUUAUUGACGGCAGUCAGUGCUGGUUUGGCUUCGAUUUGAGAGGUUGCUUCCAGAAUUGGAGCUCUAUCCUCCCAUUGGCUCUGAAUGGUACCGCAAUGUUGCUUUCCGAAUUCGUUGCCUUUGAAAUUCUAACUUUAUCCUCCGCUAGAUUUGGAACAUCUACCUUAGCGGCUCAAUCUAUUGCCUCUACUAUUGCAACACUGUGCUUUCAGAUUCCUUUCUCUGCUUCGGUUGCAAGUGCCACCCGCAUUGCAAGCUUAAUAGGCGCAGGCAAACAAUCCGAGGCAAUUAUAUCAACAAACGCAGCCUACACGAUUGGCCUUUUGUUGAGUGUAUUCAACUUUUCGAUUUUGUUUUUCCCAAGGACAAAAAUAGCAGAGUUGUUUACAGACGAUGAGAAAGUUAUCAACAUUGCAGUGACAAUUCUUGGGGUGUUGUCUAUCAAUCAACUCUGGGAUUGUCCGAAUAUCAUAGGAGCAGGGAUACUACGUGCUCAGGGCCGGCAAGCUGUUGGAAGCAAAUUGAAUAUCGUUGCAUAUUACAUCGUUGCCGUUCCAGUUGCACUUUACUUGGGCUUCAAGGUCAACAUGCAGGCAAAAGGCUUGUGGAUUGGGUUGGGUCUUGGUGUGUUUUGUCUAGCGCUCUCUGAAUUUGCAAUGGUUUUUAUUUCCGACUGGAAUGUUAUCAGCAUGGAAGCGGACAAAAGAUCCAGAUAAUUAAGUGGCUUCAGAAAUUAUCUGGUGCUGUGUUGAUGAUCUCGAAAGUUUACUUUACUUUACUAAUUGUUGAAAGAACAAAAUCUCCUUUUCUUGACCUUGCCACCCGCAGAUAUACCCUUUGACGCUUGAUUCACUUUUGAUGUUUCUUUUUUACAGAUUAGGUAUAUAAAUAAACUAUUUAGUGCAAAUGCUUUGCGGAGGAGCCAAGUUCAAAGCUAUGGCUACGUUGAACUGCACUUACAAAGAUCAAACGUCAUGAUGAAUAGCUCCUGAGAACAACGCUUGGCACACAAUACAAGAGAGUUAGUAGCGGCAUGUCUAAAGAGCAGAUAUAUAGUAGAGAGAAUGAACAACACGUAUUUUCUUUUGAUCGCG